AUGUGGAGGAUCAUACACACCCGUAUAUGGAGAAGAUUGGAUGCUAUCAUUGGCGAAACUCAGUUUGGAUUUAGGAACGGCUUCGGGACACGUGAGGCCCUUUUUGCAGUACAGAAAUGUCUAGAUCAACAGACAACCGUAAUAGCUUGCUUCAUAGAUUACGAAUGGGCAGAUGACACUGUAAUACUAGCCCACACCAUUCAAGAUAUUCAACAGCUAUUAAACAGAGUAAAUACUAUCAGUGAAAAUUACGGACUUAAAAUGAAUUACAGUAAAACGAAAUUCAUGGUAAUAUCGAAAACUAGUAUUAAUAAUGUGUCGCUGUCAAUUAAUAACCAACCCAUAGAGAGAGUACACCGUUUUAAGUAUUUGGGAAGCUGGUUGAAUGACGAGUGGGACCCAGAUGAAGAAAUUAAGACAAGAAUAGAAAUACCCAGGAGCAUGUUUUUUAAAUUAAAGUCGCAUCUACAAUGCUAUAUUUUGACUACCCUACUUUAUAGUGUUGAGAGCUGGACUUUGAAGGUCUCCAGCAUGCGUAAGGUGGAAGCUUUUGAAAUGUGGCUCUUUAGACGGAUCCUUAAAAUACCAUGGACGGAUCGGGUGACCAACGAUGAGGUGCUAAGACGAAUGAACAGAGAACGAGAACUAUUAACCAUUGUUAAUAGUUGUUACAGCUGA